CAACCGUCUCCUUUUGCCCUCAACCCCAGAUCUUCAACCCUCCCUCCACACCUUCGAUUCUCCUCGAUUUCAAAUUCAAAUUCAAAUUCAAAUCGAUUUCAUAUGGCACAGAUCGAACAGAUUAGCGAGUACCAAGCCUCCAUGAUUGUUGAUGAUGACGAAAAAAGCCACGAUUCCGGGUCGGACUGCUCCAAAUCGAGCUCCGCCUCGGUCGUUUCGGAUCGGUUCGAGGUUUUCACUAGGAUGAGAUUGCUUAGGUUGGAAGAAGAUAGUAUAGAGCAUGAGUUUACCAAGAAGAUGUUCGCCGUGGGUAUGGAGUCGAACGGAGUAGACGCCAAGGUUGUGGCGGUUCACAAGAAUCUGCAUUCUGGGUGGACCAGGCGAGCCAGGUGCGAAACGUUUCUGAUCUUCCAGAAGGCGGUGGCUCAGAAAUGCGGCGGAAACGCCAAUAUCGGAUACGGCUGGUACGGCGGGUCAAGGGAUGAGAUUUGUGAUAUCCUGUUGCAUGGGUUUAGUGGGUGCAGAGCGGCCAGGUCUCAUGGGGUUGGAAUUCAAUUGUUUGCUAAUAACUAUUCUUUUGAUGGUGCAAUAUCAUCAGACGCUGAUGAGAAUGGGCUGAGGCACAUGUUGCUGUGCAGAGUCAUAUUGGGGAAGAGAGAAUUGGUGCCUGCUGGUUCGAAGCAAGUUAAUCCAAGUUCCAAGGAGUUUGAUUCUGGUGUGGACAGUCUUGUGAAUCCGAAAAGAUUUAUCAUAUGGAGCUCUUUCAUGAACUCUCAUAUUAUGCCUCUUUUUGUUGUGAGCUUCAAGGCUCCUGCUAACUUGAAGGAUAUUUCAAGGAGCAUUCAGGCGAGUGCUGCUGCUGUAAGACCACCACCCAAGUCGGCUUGGGUGAAUCUCACUGCUAUGAUGAACGCCCUCGCUAAGGUCUUGCCUCCUCCUAGAAUGGUUCUGCUUUCCAAAUCCGCUGACGAUUUCAGGGCGAAGAAGAUUACUAGACCUCAGCUAAUUAGAAGAGUGAGAACUGUAGCAGGUGACAAAUUGCUGGUUUCGGUGGUCAAAAACUUUAACAAGGAGCGGGAGUGAUCCGAUUCACCAGUGUGAUGAUGACAUUAUUAUGAUAGUUCUUGAGGUGUUUGAUGAAAAUUGUAAAUCUUUGUUCAACAGCAGCUCUUUACUCCAAGCAUAGGUAUGGUUUAGGACAACACAGUAUUCUUUUUAGUUGCAUCAGUUUCCGGUUUCUUCUGUGUAAUUAGAUCAAGGUAUACAAUUGCUCAGUGAAAUCAGAUUGUUUUUUCAAA